AUGGUGCGCGUCAAGAAUCGCUACUUGGUAGUCAACUUCCUAUACCCGGAGCCUCUUGCAAAGAACAAGACGCAGCAACUGCCUCAUGUCGUGCAAAUGCACUCCCCGACGCCAGAUGCGCUCAAGCAGGGUAUCAUUAUCCGCAUGAUACGCGAUGGUGUCGAAGACCUCUUUGGCGACUAUGGCUCGGGCAUGGUAGCCUCGGGUCUGAAAGGUAUAUGUCAAGUCUGCAUACCUUACUACUGGCUCCUGACUAAUAAUCACUGGCCCUCAGUCAAUUACUACUCCCCGUCCACCAGUACAGCUAUUAUCCGCUGUCCGCGCGACCACUACGAGAUGGUGUGGGCGGCUCUCACGUACAUCACGCACCUCCCGAAGCCCAUAAAUAUACCAGUCGUGGUACGAGUGGUUCGGGUCAGCGGUACGAUUAGGAAGGCAGAGGAAGAAGUUAUACGCAGGUCACAACAUAUUGUUAAGAGAGCAAAGGCUUGGGAUGGGGCAGGCGAGUUGCCUAUGCUGCAAAGUGUUGCAAAGUCAGUGGAUAAUCAGAGGAAGAGCGAAAGUGAGGUACUUGCCGCAGUUGAUGAUGGGAGCGAGAGUGAGGGUAUGAGUGAAUGA